AUGGAGUUGGUUGGGAACGAGCAAGUAUUCAGCAACUUCGUGGACAAUAAGUUUCAUGAGUUGGAUAGAGACAGAGAUGGGAAGCUCUCAGUAAAGGAGCUCGAGCCUGCUGUUGCUGACAUCGGUGCUGCUCUUGGUUUGCCUGCUCAGGGAACUAGUCCUGAUUCUGAUCAUAUCUAUUAUGAGCAAGAAAAAGUGAGCAAGAUUGAGUUCAAAGAGGUUCUCUCAGACAUUCUAUUGGGCAUGGCUGCUGGACUGAAGCGAGACCCAAUUGUUAUACUCCGCAUGGAUGGGGAAGAUCUCCUUGAGUUUGUUAAUGGUCCAAGUUAUGAAGCAGAAAUGGCAUCCAUGUUCUCUCAGAUUGAGUCUUCGAGUGGAUCACUUCGUGAAUAUGUAAUUGAAGCUUUUGGUAGACUCACUGUUGAUCAUGGAAUUCCUCCUACAUCAGAUUCUUGGGUUUUUAAUAACAUUCUGGACCCGGCUCUGCUGUCUCAAGCUGGUCCUUCUUGGGAUAAGCCUGUUAGUCAAGAUACAUUUUUGGAAGAAUUUAAGAAUGUGGCAUUGAGUGUAGUUGAUUGUCUUAAAGAGAAACCUGUCAUUGUUGCCCACAGUGAAAACACCUUUGAUGGAAGUGGCGUCAAGAGACUUUUAUCCAACAAGUUUGAAUUAGACAAGACGUUGAACUCAGCUUUAGAGAAUCUGCCAAAAGAUCGCAAUGGAAAAAUAUCAAAGGACUGUCUGCGGGUGGCUCUAGAUGUGGUGUCUCCAUCUGCUGGUUUACCCCCAGUUGGUGCAAUUGAAGAGCUGGAUAAGGUUAUUAGUGAAGCCUUUAAGAUGGUGAAUGCAGAUGAUGCAAAGAUGGUUAAAGAAGACGAAUUCAAGAAAAUUUUAACUGAAAUAUUGGGGAGUAUCGUGAUGCAGUUAGAGAUCAAUCCCAUAUCUGUUUCUUCUAAUUCAGUCGUGCAUGAGCCUUUAGGCUCAUCUUCUACACUUUUGCAGCCAUCUACUAGUGAAACAUCAUAA